AUGGCCCCGGAACACUUACAUGAGCUCGACCAGGACCGCGAGGAUGCCCCCUUCCUCGCCCCCGAACCCGCAUCCGCCCCUGUAGCUCGUGAAGCGAAGCCACCUCGCCAGCCAGAGAAAGCCAAUGUCACCGCCAAGCAGAUUAGCUUCCGGUUGAAGCUCGCCCUAUUCUUAAUGAUCCUAGCGGUGGAGGUUGGCUUUGCGUUCCUUGAGGGUCCUAUGGUACGCAUCAUGGAGGACAUUGCCUGUCGCCAGUACUUUGCUAUAGCAGAUCCGACCAAAAUUGAUGCCACUGGCCAGGUGCCGGAGGAUCAAUGCAAGAUUGCCGAAGUACAAGCUGAGCUGGCGGCUGUUAAGGGCUAUCAUAUGUUUUUUGAUGGUUUAUUGAGCGCAAUUCUUGCAUUUCCAUUUGGUCUGCUGGCAGACCGUGUCGGUCGUAGGUCCACGUUGAUUCUUGGCUUACCCGGCUUCGCCGUCAAUGCGAUCAUCACAAUUGUUGUCUUGUGGUUCUCUGAUAUAUUUCCAUUACGUGCAAUCUGGCUGUCUUGUUUGGGCUGGCUGAUUGGCGGUGGUCCCGUUGUUGCGUUCGCAAUCAUCUGGACGAUGAUGGCGGACGUGACAACUGAUUCGGAAAGAGCAACCCUCUUUUUUCAGUUUGCCAUCGUCUCAAUGGGUGCCGACUUUGUGACGAGCGCUUUCAGUUCAUACUUGAUGACCUUGAACCCUUGGAUCCCCUUCCUAGUAGGAUUUGCCAUUGUUUUGGGCGGGCUAGGCUUCAUUUUGGUAUUACCUGAAACGAAGCAUGUUAUGCCACCCCGCUCACCGGAGCCUUCGAAUGUGGAGCUUUCUGAGCUGUCAAAUAUGGAACCUAAAGAUGAUCUUCCCAAGCCCCACUUGCCCGAACCGCACCAUAGCGAAAGCGAUGUGGAGGGCGCUCAGGACCAUGAAAGCCAUAUGACUUGGAGCUAUCCAUCUCGACAGCAUUCAUCCCUGUGGGCCAAAUUCUGUGCUAGUCUCCACUUCUACGUGAAGCCCUACCUCUUCAUCUUGAAUCGAAAGUCGGUGCUGCUUCUGUUAACGGCAUUUUUGGUUUACCGACUCAGCCGUGGCUCGUCAUGGUUUUUGACUCAGUAUAUAUCGACUCGGUACAGCUGGACUCUGGCACAGGCCAAUCUGCUAGUAUCAUGUCGACCCACGAUCUCGAUUCCACUCUUCCUGUUCGUCCUUCCCAUGCUGAAGAAGCAUUAUUUUACUCCACGACAUUCAGCAACACAGAAAGAUCUAUAUCUUGCUCGCGCAAGUAUCUUCUGUCUCACAUUGGGUACGCUUGGAAUAGGACUCUCACCCACCAUCAGCACUCUGAUCCCGAGUAUGAUUGUUCAAGCCUCGGGGUCCGGCUUUGUGUUCCUGACCCGCUCAAUUAUCACUACCCUCGUGGAACGGGAUGAGACAGCACGAUUAUAUACUGUGGUCGAGAUCAUUCAAUCUAUAGGUAAUGUGGUUGCCAGCUUGUCCAUCACCACUGUCUUUCAGCUUGGUCUUCGUCUUGGUGGGUUCUGGAUUGGACUUGCUUGGAUGAUGACAAGUACUUUAUUCUGUAUGGUUGGUGUCUCAAUUUUCUUGUUUCAACUACCCCCAGCUCUACCUACCAGUCCUGAGUUUGUGGUAGGGGAGUUUGAGGAUGAUGAUGUUUGA